CAGCGGUAUCUGCGCCUGCGCGGAACUAAGCGCGCUCUACGGCGCGGUCCGCGGUUGAGGCGGCGCGAACAGCCAGGGGGCGGCGAAUGGCUUUGAGGGGCCCCGCGGGCUUGGGGCCCGGCUGUCGAAGGCCGUUGGACGAGGCAGUGGCGGCUGCCGAGGGGCGCGAGGCGCCGGCCCUUCUGGCAGCGGGAGGCGCACCAGAGGACGAGGAAGAGGAUGAUGGCCGUGGCCGGGGCCUGCUGCGCUGGGACGGUUUCUCCGCCUGGCUGCACUGCGUUUGUGUGGUGGGCUUCGACUUGGAGCUGGGCCAGGCCGUGGAGGUAAUUUAUCCUCAGCAUUCCAAACUUACUGACAAAGAAAAAACCAAUAUUUGCUAUUUGUCUUUUCCAGAUUCAAAUUCAGGUUGUCUUGGAGAUACCCAGUUUUGUUUUAGAUUCCGACAGUCUUCUGGGAGGAGGGUGUCUCUGCAUUGUCUCCUGGAUCAAUUUGACAAAGAUUUACCAGUUUACUUAAAGAAGGAUCCUGCCUAUUUUUAUGGAUAUGUGUAUUUCCGACAAGUUCGAGAUAAAACUCUAAAAAGAGGCUACUUUCAGAAGUCCUUGGUUUUGAUCAGCAAACUACCUUAUAUUCAUUUUUUUCACACUGUGCUCAAACAGAUAGCACCAGAGUAUUUUGAAAAGAGUGAACCUUAUUUGGAAGCAGCUUGUAAUGAUGUUGAUCGAUGGCCUGCUCCAGUGCCAGGGAAAACAUUACACCUGCCUAUCAUGGGGGUGGUAAUGAAGGUACGGAUUCCCACAUGUCAUGACAAGCCUGGGACAACUCAAAUAGUGCAGUUUACUCAGCAGGCAGACACAAAUAUAUCUGUUAUUUUACCUACUGUUCAUGAGGUGGAUCUUUUCAGGUGUUUCUGCCCAGUUUUCCUUCAUAGUCAGAUGCUCUGGGAGCUGGUGCUGUUGGGGGAGCCCCUUGUGGUUAUGGCACCAUCACCAUCGGAAUCAUCAGAGACUGUAUUGGCACUUGUUAAUUCGUCUUUUUCUCACCUUUUUUGUUUUGUUUUGUUUUGUUUUGUUUUAUAUAGGCCCUCAGUUAUAUUAGGAGUAACCAACCCUUUUUUUGCUAAGACACUGCAGCACUGGCCACAUAUUAUUCGAAUAGGAGACCUUAAACCUACAGGUGAAAUUCCUAAGCAGGUUAAAGUGAAGAAAUUGAAGAAUCUAAAGACCCUGGAUUCUAAACCUGGAGUUUAUACUUCAUAUAAGCCAUAUUUAAAUAGAGAUGAAGAGAUCAUAAAACAGUUACAGAAGGGUGUGCAACAGAAACGUCCUUCUGAGGCUCAAAGUGUUAUUCUUCGACGCUAUUUUUUGGAACUGACACAAAGUUUCAUCAUUCCAUUAGAAAGAUACGUGGCAAGCUUGAUGCCUUUGCAGAAAAGUAUUUCUCCGUGGAAGAGUCCACCUCAGUUAAGACAGUUUCUUCCAGAAGAAUUUAUGAAAACACUAGAGAAAACAGGACCUCAGCUAACCUCUAGGAUAAAAGGCGAUUGGAUUGGACUUUACCGGCAUUUCCUAAAGUCUCCAAAUUUUGAUGGCUGGUUUAAGACCCGGCGGAAGGAAAUGACCCAAAAAUUGGAGGCACUCCAUCUAGAAGCUCUCUGUGAAGAGGACUUACUUCUCUGGAUCCAGAAACACACAGAAGUAGAAACAGUAGACCUUGUUUUGAAGCUGAAAAAUAAGCUGUUGCAGGCUGAUCGAGAGCACUUACCUGUGAAACCUGACACUAUGGAAAAGUUACGGACACACAUAGAUGCCAUUAUCUUAGCAUUGCCAGAGGACCUGCAAGGUAUACUGCUCAAAACGGGCAUGACGUGAUAUUUGCCAAGAUUUUCUAGCCAAAAAGGAUUAUGCACCAUAAGGCAUGCUGACAUGUCAACCAGACGCACAGUGGAGAUCGCUCAGUGGCAGCAGAGUGGAAAAUCGGCCAUCAAUGCUAGUUACAGGGUAGAAAGACUGUAUUAUAUAAACAGACCUUUUUAGUGCAUUAUUUUAAAAAGUGGACAUCUGUGGUGGUUCCACUUUAAUACUGAAACAACAAAAGGCAUUUCUAUAUUUUUAAUCAUGUUCUAAAGUGCUCUUAUGAGAGACUUGUGGGGUAAUCAGUAUUAGUGAAUUCAUACUGCAGUGCUGGCAUUGCAGAUAUUUUUUUAAAUUGGUGCUGUUUUGCCCAAUCAUGUUAAAACUCAGGGGGAUAUAAAAAUAACAUUCACGCUGGCUAUCUUGUUAAGAACAGAAAGACUGAACUGUCCAACUACAGUUAGGAGGAAUUGAUGUUUAUGUAGUGCCUUCUGUUGUCCUACAUGUUUCACAGUUCCGCUGCUAGUCUUGAAGCUUUUCCUUAGCUUAGUGAUGACACGUAAUUUUAUAAGGUAUUCUGUUGAGUGAUCAUUGUUUAAAAAAAUAUGUUUCUUGUUGCCCAUUAUGUUUAUUAAUAGACAUGGUGGGGUUUUUUCAGUUGUCAUACAGAUUUUCUGUUUUCUCUACCACUUUCAAAAUUUAAUCUUACCAGUUUCUCCAAAGACAAGAAGGCAUCUAGUAUUAAUUAUGGAAGAGUUUAUUUUCUCUUACCCUUUACUAAUUUAAACAUUAGGCCAGGCAUGGUGGCUCAUGACUAUAAUCCUAGCACUUUGGGAGGCCAACACAGACGAAUCACCUUAGGUCAGGAGUUGGAGACCAGCCUGGUCAACAUGACAAAACCCCGUCUCUACUAAAAAUACAAAAAUUAGGCAGGCAUGGUGGUAUGUGCCUGUCAUCCCAGCUGCUUGGGAGGCUGAGAUGUGAGAAUCACUUGAAUCUGGGAGGCGGAGGUUGCAGUGAGCGAAGAUUGUGCCACUGGACUCCAGCUUGGGUGACAGAGUGAGACUCCAUUUAAAAUAAAAAUAAAAAUAAAAUAAAUAUGAAUUUAAAUAUUAUUAAAUGUUUAAAUUAAUGAACUUGGAUGCUUUUCAAAGACAUUCUAAUUAUAAAUCUCGUAAUCAGCUGUUUUUUUAAACUGAACUAUUCUUAUUUCAAAGGCAUUCAUAAGUUUUUUAUGUGAUAGUUAUUUUAGUAAUGAUAAGAUUGAUUUCCAGCAUUAUUUGUUUGGUAGUGUUUUUUUUCUCAAUAUUAAUGUUUCUUAGAACACUUUUCUUACUGUUAUUUGACAUGGUAACUUUUGCCUGAAUCACUGCUAUGGUAAGCUUUUGUUGUUGUUUUUGUUUAAACAAUACUACCUUGCCAAAAAUAGAAGAAUCUGAUUUGGUAGAGUAAGGUUGUUUGGUUUGUGUUUGAAUAAGAGUAUCCUGCAGAAGCCACUAUUUUUUUUUUUUUUUUUGAGACGGAAGUUUUGCUUUUGUUGCCGACUGGAGUGCAAUGGCGCAGCCUCAGCUCACUGCAACCUCUGCCUCCCAGGAUAAAGUGAUUCUCCUGCCUCAGCCUCCCAAUUAGCUGGGAUUACAGGCAUGCGCCAUCACACCUGGCUAAUUUUGUAUUUUUUUGUAGAGACCGGGUUUCUCCAUGUUGGUCAGGCUGGUCUUGAACUCCAGACCUCAGGUGAUCCACCCGCCUUGGCCUCCCAAAGUGCUGGGAUUACAGGCGUGAGCCACUGCACACGACCAGAAGCCACUGUUUAAAAUAGGAACACAUGACACAGCAUGUGGUUAAUAGCCGUAUCUUGUAUUAUCUUCUAAAUAACCAAAUUUAGUUGUAUAUAUUUGUAAAAGAUAUGGCUCCAGAAGCUAUCUUUUGUUCUCUGUUAUAUAACUCUUAAGAGCAUUCCUGACCCAAGAAAGACUCGUUGCAUUUGUAAUUGUGGUCUAAUACUCAAAUGUGCCCUGUUCUUAUGGAUACAGUCUCUUGAAGCAUACCUCAAAGUCAUAGAAAGAAAAUGGCAUUUGAAAGAAGUCGUUUGCCUUGGAUCAUGUGAGUUAUUUUGUAAACAACAGCUGACUUUUCAGAAAAUGGGCAACUACUUUUAUAUGCUAAAGUAUUUCAUAACUUUCUGGGAAACCUUAUUUAGGUAUAAAUGGUCAUCUUAUUAUUUUUCAAAAAGGUAUUUUUAAAUAAUCUUACAAUUUAUAUACAGUUUGUGACCAGAAUUUGCAAGUUGUUAGUGUCAUAUCAAGGAUCUUUUCAAUUAUACCACUACAGGAUAUAUCAUUUCAAGUUUAUUUUGCACAGCUAAAGAGUAGCAAAGGAUGCCAAUUAGCAUGAUGAUGGUGUCUUCAUAUUUACUAUAUUUAACUGAAACCUAACACAUGUUGAAAACUGUAUCGUACCUAGUUUAUCUCUUAAUUUCAAACUAUGUACUUGUAAAAAUGAUGUAAAAUUGCAUUGGGAACCUGAGAAAGACUGACUGAUAACUUAAUUUUUGGUGUGUGAUUUUCAGAUUUGUCUUUUUUUUUUUUUUAAAGAAGACUUUGUUACUAUGUAAACCCUGACAUGAAAUGUUUUAUCUCUACCAGCAUCAGGAGGAAUCACUGCUUUAAGGGUUUUAUGUAAUGCCUAGUGCCUUCUAUUUACAGUGAAAAAGAGGUUUUGUGAAGGCAUUUGUGGUCAUUACCAAAAACUAAAUUAAAGGCCUUGGAUUUUAAAGCA